AUGAACUCAUUCGACUCGAAUUGGGUCGACAUCUCCAAGAUUUACCUGCGCUACUGUGCUAUCAGAGCAGGGAAUGCGUACCAGGAAGGCAGCAGUUGUCCGGACCAGGAUGAGCUACAGAAACUCAAAUUUUCCCGGGAUGAGUUAGCUGAGCUAUUAAAGGUUGUUCAGAAGAGAGUGCAGAAGGACCAAGGGUUUUCUAUUUUUGAUGAACUUCGCAAGCUCAUGUCAAAUUCAAGAUUGAUGAAGGAUGUCCACGACUUUUCGUGCUUCUAUGAUUUUGUAUUCUUUAUCUCUCGCGAGAAUGGUCAAAAGAACAUUACUGUAAACAAGGCGGUUACUGCAUGGAGAUUGGUUUUGGCUGGGAGGUUUAGGUUGCUAAACCAAUGGUGUGACUUUGUAGAGAAAAAUCAGCGAUACAAUAUUUCUGAGGAUACAUGGCAGCAAGUUCUGGCUUUUAGUCGCUGUGUACAUGGAAAUUUUGAAGGCUAUGAUCCUGAAGGUGCUUGGCCUGUCCUUAUAGAUGAAUUUGUGGAGCAUAUGUACAGAACAUCUGGGUCUAAGAAUAAGUGCAACUGUAAAUCCUAUGAUAGCGGAGAGUUGGAAUCCCAUCCAUGUGCUUUUGAAGACCCUCUUCCCGGGUUGAAGGUAACUCCUGGUUUGAAGAGGAAGUUCGCCAACUUGGGAUUAGAUGAAGAAAUGGAGCUCUGUGAUUCUCCAGAACCAAAUCUUUCUUCAAAUUCGAAACGAAAUAGGCUAGUCGACCACAAGAAGAGUUGGGUGGCGGAUAAUCCACCAGGUGGCGACUCAGCUGACGAUGGCAUGGAAAUAACGAAACAGAAUAGUCCAGUUGGGUGUGCAGUUGAGAAUUGCUUGUCCAGAGGGAUUGCUGGGCUAUUUUCUGGGGGUUCAUAUUUGCAGCUAGAUAAAGAAAGGAGAGUUUCAUAUAUAUAG